CAGAGCGAAUCUUACUACUUCUUUCUGGUAACAGAAAAGAAUUGAGCGAUACAUGUUAAACACAUCUUCUCUCCAACGCACUCUUCUUUUCAUUAGGCCCAUCCUUCCCCAUUCAAUUUCACUUGGCUGAAGAUGGACUAACCUUCAGAAAAAAGAAGAUUAAAAUAAAUGAAAACCGUCUGCAACUGUGGAACGCUUCUAGCGAAAUCAGAGCUAUCCGCUGGUACAGGCAUUUCUUUUUAGAUCUCCAGCCUCAACCUUUGGACCAUUCUCAUGCCCGUUUGGUUUCGGAUCAUUCUGUUGACAGUUCUGCUGGAGUUAUGGCUUCAAGUUCUGUUAUCCUCCACAGAGAUGGUGGAAGUCCCCAUCAUUGGAAGAAAGACACAAAGAAUUGUCUCGAGAGUGACAAGAGGCCUUCGAUUGCACAAAAGGCAGUUGGGUCGAUUCACUCAGCAUUUAAAACCUGCCAAAGAGAUUGAUCCCAUACCAGAGGGACCCAAAGUACUCAUGCCCAGGAUAUCACCCGAAGAAAUGAAGAAGUUUAUUGAUCAGGCCGCCGAUCAUGUUCGCUUUCGAAUGGAGAGCACAGAACCGAGCAUUUACAGAAGUGGGGCUGUUCAGAAGCCAGGUACACCAGAAUACUACGCUUCUGCAACCACAAGAAUCAAAAUGGAGGCGAAGAAUUACUCAAGAAUAGCUUUAAUCGCAGAAGAAGCAACGCGGAGAAUAGCCAACGCGUAUGAACUGAACAAAAAUCAAGUAGCUUAUGGUUUACCAACAGCUGACAUCAGAGGAACUAUUUUAAGUACCAACUGUCCAUUCGAAGUGGAUUUUCCAUGCCAACCCAGAAAAUAUCGAGCAUUUAGUGGCUAUUGUAAUAAUGUGCAAAAUCCAACAUUCGGCAAUGCAAAUCGUCGAUUUGUUCGUUUUUUAGCGCCUGAUUAUGCUGAUUCGGUUUCUUUACCAAGACAGUCAUCUAGCGGAGAAUAUCUUCCAAGUGCCAGAGAAGUUAGUUUGUCCGUUCAUACAGAUUCUGACAAACCUCAUACACAUGUUACUUUUAUCUUGGCUAUCUUUGGUGAAUUUGUUUAUCACGAUUUGGCUCACAUUGCACAAUCUGCAGGAUACCAAGGUAGUCGUAUUAAAUGCUGUGGGGUUGAAAAGCAACAGUUCCACCCGGAAUGCUAUCCAAUCCGAGUUCCACCCACCGAUCCUGUUUUUGGACGAAGAAACCAGAACUGUAUGGAAUAUGCAAGAUCUUGCACAGCUCCUAGGAUUGGAUGUACUCUAGGACCUCGUGAACAAAUCAAUCAAGUGACAUCGUUCUUGGACGCCUCUGUUAUCUAUGGAUCUUCUGUAAAUGAAGCUAAUAAAUUGAGGACAUUUAAAGGAGGAGAACUGAAAACACAGAAAACACCAGCCGGACGAGAAUUAUUGCCAGCAGAUACAGAGCAAUCUUAUUGUAAAGGUCUUGGAAAGUCCAGAUGCUUCCUCGCAGGCGACAUUCGCGUGAAUGAAAAUGCAGGAUUAAUCGUUAUGCACACAGUUUGGGUCCGAGAGCACAAUCGACUGGCACGAGCAUUAGCUGCGCUGAAUCCACACUGGGAUGAUCAUCAGCUUUUUGAAGAAGCCCGAAGAAUCGUUGGAGCUGAACUCCAACACAUUACAUACAAGGAACUACUCCCAGCCAUUCUAGGACAAGAUAUAACAGACAAGUAUGAUUUGCAACCCCAAGCAAGUGGGCACUACACCGGUUAUGACAUCAAUCUAAAUGCGGGCGUGUCGAAUGCUGUCGCCACGUCGGUUUUUUCGUUUUUGUUUUCGAUGAUGCCCUCCCACUUCGAGCUCUAUUCCAAAGAAUACAAGAAAGUCGGCUCCAAGCCCAUGAGUGAAACAUACUUCCAGCCUUCGGACAUGUACGACCCCAACAAGCUCAAUGAAUACUUACUUGGACUUGUGAGUCAAAAGGCUCAGAAUAGGGAUGAGUUCAUAUCAAAAGAGAUGACAAACAAUAUUUUCACGGAAACCAAUUCAGGUGCAGGAACAGAUUUAGUAGCUUUCAUAUUGCAGCAAGGACGAGAUCAUGGAAUUCCCGGAUACACCCACUGGAGAAAGUUUUGUCGAAUUGAUCCAAUCAUCAAUAACUUCAGCGAUUUGAGAGCUGUCAUGGCAAGCGAAACUAUUGAGAAACUUGCUAGAAUAUACAAGAAUGUUCACGACGUCGAUCUUUUCACUGGUGGUUUAGCAGAGACUCCUCUGAAUGGAGCUGUUAUAGGACCGACUUUUGCCUGUCUGUUGGGGAGACAGUUUCACUACCUUCGUCGUGGAGAUCGGUUUUGGUACGAAAAUGAUAUACCACCAUCUUCCUUUACCAAAGAACAACUCGCUGAGAUCAGGAAAACGACUCUAGCUCGUGUAUUAUGCGAUAAUGCAGAUUCCGCUGAUUUCAUGCAGCCAUCAGCAAUGUAUAUUACUGACCCAUUUCUGAACGCAUAUCAGACUUGCAGUUCAGCUGAUAUUCCUGCUAUGGAUUUGUCUAAAUGGAAAACUCUAUCUCCUCGUUUUCAAGUAUCACCAGCAGUUUUAAAAGAUUCUUUGUCUCGGGCUAAAAGGCAAGCAGCAGCUUUAAUGGAGAAUGAAGAAAUUUCCAUCAAUAAAAAACAAGGUCUGGCUGGUAGUAAAAGCCCACAAGCAGCCCAUUUAAGUUUCUUACGACCAAAACGUCAAGCUCGAUUGAUUUCUAAUCAGUCGGUCGUCUUAGAAUUUGCCUCUCAAAGUUUCGCUAGUAACUUUUUAAACAGAAAUCAAAGGGAUGAAGAAAACGGGCUUGCUUUCAACUCCCUUCAAGACUUGAUGUCAGCUUUACCCAAUGUUGACGUGACUGAUUUAUUAGAUAUCCCUAAAGUAUUUGAUUGUGACGAUCAAACUCUUCCUUGUGACCACACAUCGAAAUUUAGAACGAUCACAGGAUGGUGCAAUAAUCUCAACAAUCCAGAAUUGGGCAAGAGUAUGAGGGUGUUUUCCAGAUUGCUUCCACCCAUGUAUGCAGAUGAUAUGAGUUCUCCUAAGGUUACCGGUCGUUUAGGCACGCCUCUUCCAAGUGGAAGAAUAAUUUCAACCCAGGUACAUUACGAUGUGCAAGCUCCACAUGUCAGAUAUUCUCUUAUGGUAAUGCAAUGGGGCCAGUUUUUGGAUCAUGAUAUUACAUUCACCCCAAUGAACGCUGCUAAUGGUAAGCCACUGGACUGUUCCGAUUGUCAUUCAGCGACAACAGUACAUCCAGAAUGUUUGCCAAUUACAGUUCCUCCUGAUGACCCUUUUUAUCCAGCUAUCAACAGAACGACCGGAAGGCCAACUUGCAUUUCUUUCGUGAGAUCACUUGCUGGUCAGCUUACUCUAGGUCGACGAGAACAACUGAAUCAAGUGACUGCUUUUGUUGAUGCUUCUAAUGUGUAUGGUUCCGACAGAUGUGAAGCUCGUAUGUUAAGAACUUUCAUUGGUGGUAAACUGAACGUUACUAGGCAUCCUCAAGGAGCUAAAGAUCUUCUGCCCCAAACAAGUAAUCACAAAGACUGUGUGGCUCCGUCUGGUCUUUGCUUUGAAGCUGGAGACUCCAGAGCAAGUGAGCAGCCUGCUUUAGCUGCUAUGCAUACUAUAUUUAUGAGGGAACACAAUAGGAUAGUAACAGAAUUGCAGCGUAUUAACCCACACUGGAGUGAUGAAAUGUUGUACCAACAUGGUCGCCGUAUUCUGUCAGCAGUAAUGCAGCAAAUCACUUAUAGUGACUUUACAUCUCGAGUCUUGGGAAAAAGCUUUGCUAACAAAUACGAUUUGCUUACUCAGACGGAUGGCUAUUUCGAUGGCUAUGAUUCUAAGUGUGACCCCACAAUUUUCAAUGAGUUUGCAGCUGCUGCCUUCAGAUUCGGACACAGUCUCCUGAAACCAGUGUUCGACAGAUUGGAUAGAGGAUAUCGUGUGCUAAAUGAUCCAUUGCAUUUGAGAAAAAGCUUCUUUAACUCUGAUAUGCUGUAUGCUUCUAAUGCCAUUGAUCAAAUCUUGAGAGGAUUAGCAACUAGCAGCAUAGAAACUCUGGAUCAUUCUAUUACAGAAGAAGUAACUAAUCACUUGUUUGAAAAUAAGCAAGUACCCUUUUCUGGGAUGGAUCUCGCCGCUUUAAAUAUACAAAGAGCUAGAGAUCAUGGAAUACCCGGAUACAACGAAUACAGGCAAUUUUGUAACUUAACUAGGGCAAAAUCAUUUGAAGAUUUAGCCAAAGAAAUACCUUCUCACAUAGUAGAAAGGCUAAAAAGAAUUUACAGCCAUAUCGAUGACAUUGAUUUAUUUUCUGGAGGUCUAGCUGAAAAACCAUUGCAUGGAGGCUUAGUUGGACCAACUUUCGGCUGCAUUAUUGCUAAACAAUUUUCAUUUUUGAAAAAAUGCGACAGAUUUUGGUACGAGACAUCUAAUCCUUUGAUUAGGUUUACUGAAGCUCAAUUGACAGAACUACGCAAAUCCACUUUAUCUAAAAUUAUAUGUGAUAAUUCCGAUUCCAUUGAAAGUAUACAAAGAUCUGCUUUCGACCUACCAGAUCCAUUCAUGAAUCCCCGCGUGUCUUGUUCCAAUCUUCCAAGCAUUGAUCUGGAACAGUGGAAAGAACGUGUUUCUUGUACAGUUGGAAGAGUAACCAUUGACGUUGGUUCUGCCGACAGGAUUUCUCCUUGCGUCAUGUGCACAUGUACGAAAGAAGGGCCUAUCUGCCAGUCCUUGAGAAUCAACAACUGUUUCCAUCUUGCUUCUACGUUUUCAAAAGAAUCUGUGCUGGCCGAUCAUGUGUGCAAAGUCCAAUGUGCUUACGCCUUCAGAGCUUUCCCGCAAGUGGAUAUUGCGAGAAAUGGCCGCAUUUUGAGCAACGGAAACAGGAACAUUCUUGGAUUCAGUACAUAGCAGCAAUAAAAAAAAACCCCAGAAGACGUGUAUUUUAUGCUACAAAAGUAGUCAUUUCACCUAUUCAUGUAACGGGAACUUUCAUCCACCGACUGGUGUCAUUGCACAGAAAUACUGGAUUGAUAAGAAAAUGAGUGGUUGAUAACUUGCCAUUGAUAUAAAGAAUGAUGUGAUAGAUGUGCAUUCAAGACUUUUACUCAUAUGAAAAUCUAGUUUUUAUGCAUUGCCAAGUUCUCACAAUGCCCAUUUUUUUAAUGUGAUAAAUUCUUAGCCCUACUUCCAUCCUUACUCGCUUGUGUUUUUCAUAUUACCUGGUACAUAAUUUGAUUAUCACACAAAACUCCACUAUAAUAUCGUGGAAUUUAAAGAGAAUAAAUUACGAAUCAAGGUGACCACUCGAAUAGUGACCUGUUGCUAAAUUCCAAACAGAGACAGGAAUAUCCUUCCAAUUAGAAAAAUGUUCUAAAUAACGUAAGUAAUUAUAUUUUAUGUUGAUUUAGUCUAUAAACGCAUUGCUCAUAAAAAAAAUUACGAAAUAUUAAUUUCUGUACAGUUUCCACAAUCUUAUUAAUUUUAUUGACAAAUAUAGUGUUGAUUUAUUAACGGUUUAAACUUAAAAAGUUCUGUACUUCUUUGAUUAAAACUAACCAAGUUAUGAAGUUUUGAAUUUCAAUACGUUAGGCCAAUCAGUGGCUAUCUCAAGGAGGCGGCUUUCUUAAUGAUUGGAUUUUUCUCAAUGUGGCUCUUGAAAUAAUCUAAAAUAAUGACAUUUUCUCUUCAUAAGUUUGUCAAUUUGGAUAGAAGAUAUGUGGAACUUCUCCCAUUUAAACUUUUAAUGCAUCAAAACUAUAUUAGUCAAUAAAACUAAUAGAAGGGAGGGGGUGUGUAUAAAAGUCUAGACUUCCUAAUAUUUUCAGCAAUAUAGCUAUUUACGUCACACAGAAUAUUUUCUCUGCAAGACGUAUACGUUUGUCUUUGAUUGUAUAGAAAUUAGUAACUUGCACAUUUAGAGUGGUCAUUUUGCAUUUAAUUCAAUUUUGCCUUCCAUUUUCUUUAAUUUCCAUGAUAAAAAAGAAUUUUAGCUGAUAAAUAUCAUAAAUUUGUAACAAGACACAAAUAGAGUGGACACCUUGUGUAUUAAAUUAAUAGAAUUUAAUUGGAGAUUCUUUCAUAAUUUCAUUUUUUAAAAAUUAUAAUCAGAUGCAAAUGUGAAACAUUUUAUAUUUAAUGCUCAUGUCUUGACCGUAUCUAAUUAUGCGGUAAUGUCCUAUAAAAUUGUGUCAUUUCUACUGCUACUCUUACAUAUUAUUUUACUCUGUCCUGUGACGUCCCGUUCUUUUUCCUCUUGAGAGAUGCGUAGUGGAUCCGAAAAUAAAAUUGUUGACGGGAAUGUUAUUUGAUCCCAUUAUCUGCCAAAUGACUUUAUUGUUUAUUAGAUAAAGAAAUUUGUCUUAAGAUUUAUUUCAUAUCCAUUAAUAUUUAUUGUAUUUUUGAUAGUUAAUUUUGUAUUUCAUCUUUUUCAUACAACUUUUUCAUAAAAUGCUUAUAAUAAUUCGUUACAUACCUUAUAAAAGAAAAUUUUCAUAAUACAGUGGAACUUGGCUAAUUCGUAGCUGACAUGGACACAAUAAAUAUUCAGUUUAUUCAGAAAAACAAUUUUUAAUUUGAAAACUGUAGUUAAGGUUAAUUUUAAAAGAUUCUAUGAUUUGAUUGUAUUUGGAUGUCUCGUCAAUCUUAAAAUAGAUAUUCUAUAAUAAAUAAAUAGUAAUAAUAAUUAGAAUUAAUAAUUUUAAUAAACAGUAUUUUGAAUAUAAAAAUUUUACAAUCAAUAUGUAACAUUUACCUUCUAUAUUGAAAUUUUAUUGAUUGUCGUUUCAAUUCAGGAUAUCUUAAAGAGGUCAUCAGGUGACCUAGGGCCUUAAAAGUAUCCACUUACAAUCACUCAGGGCACAAUAUAUAGAUUCCUUUAACUAACUAAAACUAUCAAAAUAAAGGAGGCUUAACAAUUUUUAGUUUUUUGCAUCAGCAUUAACCAAAAUAAAUCCGAAACAUAACUACAAUGUAAUAUUAUCCAGAGAAAAAUUCGAUCCAACCAAGCUCCACUGUAUUAAAACAGUUUUUUCUAUAUAUACUUUAGAUAGUUUAAAAAUCAAUGUUAGUUAAUGUGUAUUCGACAUUUAUAGGAAAACUGGUAAAAUAUUGGUUAAAAGGGUAUUGCACUAUUUCUCUUAGAAAGGAAGAUUUCUAAAUUUUUAAUGAAGAAAAAUUCUUCUUUAUCCCAUUUCAACAACAAGGUGAAAUCCAUGUAAAAACUAAAGAAAAAAUAGUUCCCAUCAGAUUUAGAAAAAUUUAUUUAUUUAUUAAUUUCUAUUCUAAUACAAUCCCAAUGGUUUAGUUAUAAUCAGUGUAAAUAUAUAUGUUUCAGUUUUUGUGACUAUUACUUACUUGACUAGCUCGACAAUUG